GCGCCCUCUCUGCCGACAACGCCAGACCUUCCGACGCCGCCGCCGACGCCGCCUCCGACGCAACCCCACGCCGCCGAGCCCGCUGAGCCGCACCGGUGCCGCCGCCACCUCCGCUGCUUCAAGAUGGUGCCGCCCUUCUCCCGGUCAGCCCUGCACUUCUUCGCGCUGGCGGUCGCUCUCUGCCUGAGUGCGGUGUCAGCAGGCAUGGACGGCGAGAGAGACGCCUGGGAGAAGCCCGGCUGCCACAGAGUUGGGCACACGCGGAAGAUCAGCAUCCCGGACUGCAUCGAGUUCCCCAUCACGACGAACGCGUGCCGCGGCUUCUGCGAGUCGUGGUCUGUGCCGUCGGCGCUCAACACGCUGCGCGUCAACCCGCACCAGGCCAUCACCAGCAUCGGGCAGUGCUGCAACAUCAUGGAGACGGAAGACGUGGAGGUCCGUGUGAUGUGUCUCGACGGGCCCCGAGAUUUGGUGUUCAAGUCGGCAAAGAGCUGCCAAUGCUACCACUGCAAGAAGGAUUAAUGACGUAGGCUCUCCCGCAUCGCUACCAGCGGUUCUUGACGUCUCCCAGUCACCAGGAUCCACAGUUACUCCCAGCUGGCGACUGAUUUAAUUGCGUCAAUAGUUACUAAAUUUAUUCCUCAAGACGACAUUAGUUCAACGAUAGUUUAUAAAGUAGAAAGGUUUUAGUAGUUGCUGUAACCAUUAUUUCAGUUAAAUUCUGUUCACUAUUGCUGUAUCAUAAAUUAACUUCGAUAGGACUGUGUCUAGUCUUCUCACGUCAUCAUUUUCAAUUAAUCUAUCUGAGUACAAUAGUAGACUGUUUCACAAUUAAGACUUAGUAAACCAUAAUAAUACAUAGUACAGUGCCAUUCUGUAGAAAUUACUUAUUCUCUAUUCUGAAGACGAUCUUUUUGUUCUAACAUGACUUGGAGGCGUCAAGAAAAUUUUUGCGUGUUGUAUUAUUUCCGUAGAAUAGCUCCAACUGAACUUCCAGUGAAUCAUAUAAUGUAAUACCACGUAACAAUUAGAACUAACGUAGCUUUGCAAUGCCUCAUUAUUUUAACUUCUCAGGGAUUGUGUUCCAAUGUAACAGAACACUGUAUCUUAAUUUAAGUAUGCUUGAGAUCUAAUAAAAUGUGCAAUGAUGCAGAUUUUUGUCUUCUCAACAAAAGAUGAAACGAUGCUGUGUCUAAUAUUUUUCUGUUCCCAUGAAUUUAUCUCCUUUCUAACACAUCGCCAUAUCUUGGUGCCAGUUUCCCCUUGACACCACGGAACGGUACUGAGGAGUAACAACACUUCGACUCUUCAGACAAAGAUUGUAUUGUUUAAGCCUUGUACCAAAUGUUAUUUCUCAUCUAUAAUCUCGAGCGCUCGAGUACAAGGUUAUGCAAUAUAUCUAUCUGAUUAAGAAACGCUUUUAUCUUGAAAUGUAUUUUCUUAAAAAUUUAUCGUUCAUAUUAAGAUUGACCAAUAGUGUUCUAGAUGACGUCGGCAUGUAAACAUGACUUGAUUGUAUCUUGAUUGUUCUAGUCAAUUGUUAAUGAACAGUACUGAUGUACAGUAUGUAUCAAAAAUGUAAAUAAAUUAUUAUAAUAGCUUACAUACUAAUGCAUAAUUUUGAAGAAAAACAUUCAUUGUUAAAACUUACUUUCAUGUCCCGAUUUUUAUGACUGUUCUUAUAACUCUUUGCCUCUCAUAAGGACAGGGUGUCAGCUGAUCACGUUUUGCCUAUUCACUGCACUUUUAAUCGCAAGUGAGAAUGGCUUGCUGCAAUUCUAAGGGGAGGAUCAGUAUACACACACACACACACACACACACACACACACACACACACACACUGGUGUAUUACACUCUAUCAAGGGAACAGCUUUACUCUUGUGCCAAACCAUGAUUAUGAGGUUCAAUAACGGUCAUUUUCAUAUCUCUAUUUAGCGUUCUUCACAGCGAACGAUUUUUUAUUCUCAAUAUUAUAAUCUUUGUCAGUAGAUGAAUUACUCAGUGUUCCUAAAUACGUUCAUGUAUGUCUAUCAUAAUACAAAUAAAUACACGUAAAGCUUA